UAUAGGUCAAUAACAUUGUAGCUUUCAUCUUGUGUACUACAUGUGCAAGAUAAUCGUAAGAUAAUGGUUCAUAGAUAUUCAGAUUUAUUUUUUGUAAUCACACAAGUUGGGCAUUGGAUGUUGAGUCUCAAACGAUACUCAUUUUAUAAUAAAACCAUUGUUUCAUUUUUAGAAAUAUGCCACCCAAGUACCCUUCAUUUAGAAGGGGAAAGGAUGGAACUCUGGUAUUGUAUGACAGUGAUGCUGCUCGUCAGUUUAAGGAGAGGGCUUGGUUUCCUCCACAGCCUGCAUCCCAAGUGGAAAAUAUCGCUAAGGAAUCUGUGCGAGAAAGAGAUGGAGAUGUAAAUGACAGGAGAGACUUGCUAGGAGAGUUUACAUUGCAAAGCGGAAAAUACAGGGGGCAAACGCUCAGUUGGUUGUUAGGAAUUUGUCCUGGAUAUGUGGGUUGGUUUGUUGGAUCAGUUUUGGAGGACCGAGUGAAAGGCGACAAGUCCUCAGUCACUCAAAUGGCGAACAAAGAUGCUCUUUUGGAGUAUUGUUCCAUGUUUGAGGAGUCUCGAGCCAUUGUCGGCCAAAAACUAUCUGACAGGAGGCAGGAGAUACAAGAGCAAUGGAAGAGGCUUUGUGGCAAAAAGAAUGUUGUACCUUGGCAACUCUUCCACUUGCUGCUUUCUUCAAGAGAGCUUUCCUCAGAAGUUCUUAGUAGAAAGGCCAGGAGAAUUGCAACUCCCAAGAAAGUAGCACCAAAUUUUACCCAGGCUUCGAGAUCACCAGCUACGGCAGACGACUUACAACUACUUGAGGCUGUUCAAGAAUUUGAAGUGCAGUCUGAUUAUCUAAGGUAAGAGAGUUUCACCAUUGCCAUAUAGCUUCAAAAUUGUGAA